UGACAAUGGGAGCUUUCCAGGGGCUGGAUUGGAUUAGUCUGAUCCUUCAGGCUUUGUUGAGGCUUGGAAGCCAUUUUGGGAUUCUGCAUUUUGGGGUGAUGAUGAUGAUGAUGUGCUGCUGCUGUCAACUCUGGGGCUUCCCUUGAAAGGUUGGGCGGAGGACUUCCAGGAAGGAAACAGCAUGCCGGCCUGAAGAAGACGUAGGAUCCCUUUGGGUGGAGUGGACGAUGCCGCACUUUGGGGGAAAUCCAGGUUUGAAGGUGUACCUCUGCUGCUGUCUUCUGGUCACUUGUGCAGUAUGAUUUGAAACGGUGACUAUGGAUUUUUCACGUCUUCACACGUACACCCCUCCCCAGUGUGUCCCAGAGAACACUGGCUAUACUUAUGCACUCAGUUCAAGUUACUCCUUAGCUGCUCUGGAUUUUGAGAAAGAGCACAAUUUGGAGCCUGUGUUUGACUCUCCGAGAAUGUCCAGGCGCAGCUUGCGCUCGUCUGCCGCUGCAUACAGCACGACCAAGGAUGCUUCCAGUGAGACGGUCUACGCCGCCGGAAGCAGCAUCUCCUACUCUGGGAAGAAGGCUUCUGUAGACCAGUCAGCCAAAAUUGCAAAACAACACAAAAGUGUGGCAAAACAAUCUGGCUCUGUAAAGUACAACUCAAGGAAAAACAUGUCCGGCUCUUCCGUUUUCAGCCACAGUAGCUUCAGUAGUCAAACAAGCGAUGGGUCUCUCCUGUCAACCAUAUUGGAUGAGUCUUCAAUACAGGAGCAAACAGCCGUUGACCAUUUUUGGGGUAAGUAACAGUAAACCACUGUAUAC